AGUCUGUGGAUGCAUGUAUACAGUAUAGAUGAGCCCAUUGAGCCACAUAAAUAAAACUAUAUAAUCUGUGACAUAAAUAACGUUAAAUAAAUUGUUAAUUUGUACGACUUAAAGGAUUUUCUUACCAUACAAAUGCAAAUUAUGAGUAAUAAUCAAAAUGAAAAACAAAAUAAGCGCUAUCGCAGGAAGUAUAAAUUCGUAAAAAUAAGGAUUAAAAGCUUGCUUCUAGAAAAUGCUGCUUUGUGUGAUGAAAUUGCAAAAAUUCAAGAAAACAUUUUCAUUGUAAAGGAAGAACGUAAAUUUCUAUUACGUAAAUUACUAGAAUAUGAAAAUGAUCCUGAUAUCUCCCUUUCUUCCCAAAGAAAUCUUAUGACCCACAACUCAAAUGGUUCAAGAGGCAAAGUAAAAAAGAAGACUUGUUUAGAAGAUUAAGUUGUAAUAAUAUGAGAACUUAUUAUCAAAACAAAGAUGGGUCUGUUAUCUAAAAUUAUCCAAUAAAUGAUCAGAUUCUUAU